AUAAUGAAGUCGUUUCGCUGAUCUUGGUGGUCCUCGACCCAACGGCAGUGUCGCGGAAUGUGCGGACAUGGUAGUUUCCGAUCUGCGCCAUGAAUAAUGCGAAGGCAUUGUGAAGAUCCAUGUCACCCGAUGAGGUUUUUCUCAUUGUAUUAUUAUAUGUGUUUUUCUAAAAGAUUUCAGGUUGUUGUUCGUUUGCCAGGAUCAAUAUUCCAUAGUUCUCCUCUGCUAUUGAUGCUUCGCUUCUCGGUCCACAAACGGUUACAAGAACUGAAGUUCAGCCUGAUAAUCUUUUAUGCAGCAGAUGUAGUCAAUGCAAGCUCAUUUGAGCUGCGCAUGAAAAGCCUUCAGAUGGCAUGUAUUUCAAGUUUAAAAUUCACAGGCCUUCAUCACUUAUCAGAAAAUUCAGAAGUGGAAGGAAAUUACAGGAAAUGAAGCACCUCAAUGAUUGGAACCAAGAAUUAUAACCAAAUUGUCAAGGAUUUGUUUCACCUGAGGAAAAUGAAAGUUGGUUCUUGAGAGUCUACGUUUAUCUUUUGGUUGGCAAUCUGGAGGCUAUAUUGGUUGAAAUUGGAAAUAUGGAUUUUAAUUUAUUUUUAA